UUCCCUCGGAACAAUCAUGGCGAUGUUCACUCGGUCAGCCGACUAGUGGCACAAAGGGAAACUGCCGCUGGGGUCCGGACUGGUGACGGCUUCUGCCGCAAUUGCAGUACGUUUCCCUGUUACAAAGAGCCCUGGCUCUGCCAGGAGGAGCCGGACGCCACAAAAGAACUUGGGGAGUUAGGCAGUGCCGCUGGCGGCUUGUUUGUGCAGUGCGGUCCCUCCGCUGGGAGAAGACCCGCUUCCUUCGGACGCCCUCGACUGUGCCCUCCGUGUCGCCGGAGAACUUACUGAGGAAUGAAUGUGCUCGUCUGGCUGACAGAAAGUAUUUCCACAGCCUGCGGGUGUGUUUAUAGAGAGCCGGCGAGAGACCACAGGCAGCAAAUUUGUCUUCUUAGGUAUCAGCAAAGUCUUCUCUUUUAACAACUACAGGAUUUAUUUUUAACCGCUUGACUCAGUGUUUGUCAGAUGAUUCGGACCAUCAAACUGCAGCUGGAAGUACCCAGCGCGCGGGGGAAGCUGGAAUGGCAAGGGGAAGGGGGCUGGCUGGGAAAAGGGGUGGGAUUUCAGCAUCGUGCCUCUGGGGCUCUGCCUCCCAACGUGGGAGAGAGUUUAGGGCUUCCAGCAGCACAAGUGUGUUUGCGGGUCAGGCUGGGAACUGAAUGGGAAUGGCUGCCUUCGGCUGCUUAACGACAUAAUUGCCCAGCGCCCGGGGUCUCGUGAGGAGGAACCCAGGACCCAGGAUCCGGGGACCGGGGACCAGAGCGUGCUGAGCGCCGGUCUCUGCUGCUCGGCGUAUUGCGCUUCGCUCCUGCUGGAUGCUGCCUGUCUCCAGAAGCCUCUCACCAUGAUCGAUAGCUCCAAGAAGCAGCAACAGGGCUUCCCAGAGAUUUUGACUGCUGGGGAUUUCGAGCCAUUAAAAGAGAAGGAAUGCCUUGAGGGGAGCAACCAGAAAAGUCUCAAGGAAGUGCUCCAGCUGAGGCUGCAGCAGAGGAGGACAAGGGAGCAACUGGUGGACCAGGGCAUCAUGCCACCUUUGAAGAGCCCAGCUGCAUUCCAUGAGCAGAUAAAAAGCUUGGAACGAGCCAGAACUGAAAACUUUUUGAAGCAUAAGAUUCGGAGCCGACCAGAUCGUUCUGAACUUGUCAGGAUGCACAUUUUAGAAGAGACAUUUGCAGAGCCGUCCCUGCAGGCCACUCAGAUGAAGCUGAAAAGAGCUCGACUGGCGGAUGAUCUGAAUGAAAAGAUUGCUCAAAGACCUGGUCCUAUGGAGCUGGUAGAGAAGAACAUCCUUCCUGUAGACUCCAGUGUUAAGGAGGCAAUUAUAGGUGUUGGGAAGGAGGACUAUCCUCAGACUCAGGGUGAUUUCUCGUUUGACGAAGACAGCAGUGACGCCUUGUCUCCAGACCAGCCGGCCAGCCAGGAGUCACAGGGGUCAGCCGCGUCCCCAAGUGAGCCGAAAGUUAGCGAAUCUCCGUCUCCUGUGACUACAAGCACUCCAGCCCAGUUUACUUCAGUGUCCCCUGCAGUUCCUGAAUUCUUGAAAACUCCUCCUGUGGAUCAGCCCCCCACCAGGUCCACCGCACCUGUCGUCCCCACGAAUACUGUGUCCUCAGCAAAGCCUGGGCCAGCGCUAGUAAAGCAAAGCCAUCCCAAGAACCCCAACGACAAGCACCGCAGCAAGAAGUGCAAGGACCCCAAGCCGCGGGUGAAGAAGCUGAAGUACCACCAGUACAUCCCGCCCGACCAGAAGGGCGAGAAGAGCGAGCCGCAGAUGGACUCCAACUACGCGCGCCUGCUCCAGCAGCAGCAGCUCUUCCUGCAGCUGCAGAUCCUGAGCCAGCAGCAGCAGCACUACAACUACCAGACCAUCCUGCCUGCGCCACUCAAGCCACUUAAUGACAAAAAUAACAACAGUGGGAAUUCCACUCUGAACAGUACCACACCUAACCCUCCAAGACAGAAUACAUCUGCUCCUGUGAGAAAGCCGGGACCUCUGCCUUCUAGCUUGGAUGACUUAAAGGUGUCGGAACUGAAGACAGAACUGAAGUUAAGGGGUCUUCCAGUGUCAGGCACCAAACCGGACCUCAUUGAACGCCUGAAACCCUACCAGGAAAUGAACAAUAGCAGUGUCACCGCAGGUGGCGUCCUGACAGUGCCCGCGUCUGCCAUCGUCACCAGUAACCCAGAAGUCACUGUGGCACUGCCCGUCACAACACUGCACAACCCCGUGACCAGCUCGGGCUCUUCCUUCCAGGCAGAAUUGCCACCCGCCGGCACCAGCACCGCCACCCGUGUUGAGACCGUCAGCUCCCCUCUGCCCAUCUCACCGUCCCCCUCUGAACAGUCCAGUCUCGGGACCGAGGACACAAACAUGGCAGACACCUUCACAGAGAUCAUGACCAUGAUGUCGCCGGCGCAGUUCCUGUGCUCGUCCCCUCUGCGAGUGACGGGCCCCGAGGACAGCCCGAGCCCCACCAGCAGCACGCUGUCGAGUCUGGAACUGGACGCGGCUGAGAAGGACCGCAGGCUGCAGGAGAAGGAGAAGCAGAUCGAGGAGCUCAAGAGGAAACUGGAACAAGAGCAGAAGCUCGUGGAAGUUCUGAAAAUGCAGCUCGAGGUGGAAAAGCGAGGGCAGCGGCAGCAGCCGCUGCUGGAACCGCAGCCCGGCACCGCAGCCAGUCCGGCGGCCACGUUAGAUCCGAAACUCGGCGGCGCCGGCUCCUCCGUCAAGGAUGAGGCCUCGCUCAGCGACUGCUCCGGCUCCAGGCAGCCGGGCCCGGGAGCCGGCCAGCCCGUCGGCCAGCCCCUCUCGGCGGCGGGCCAGGCCCUGGUGGCCAAGAAGGCGGUGGUGAUCAAGCAGGAGGUCGCCGUGGCCCAGGCGGAGCCGCCGAGCAUCGUCCCACAGUUUUACGUGAGUUCGCAGGGACAGCCGCCACCUGCCGGUGUCGCUGCGCCUCAGGCUUUACUGACCACACAGACCGCCCAGCUGCUGCUGCCGCUGUCCAUCCAGGGCUCCCGUGUCACCUCAGUGCAGCUCCCCGUAGGCAGCCUCAGACUCCAGACUCCAGCACAAGCAGGAAUCCAGACUCAGCCUCAGACAGCAGCGGCCACGCUGUCCUCGGGCUUAGCCCAGACUAUACCUCAGAAGCAAGACACUUUCACGCCACAUGUGCUCAAUCAGCCUCAGCAAGUUAGAAAGGUUUUCACAGCCUCAGCAUCGAGCGCCGUUCUCCCCUACCCGAGAGCACCCGCCCCAGCGGUCCAGCAGCCCUGUGUUAAUAAGACUCCCCCCAGCGUUCUGCAGCCCAGAAGUGCCCCACUGCCCUCCCUGCAGAACGGACCUACCACCUCCAGCAAGCCCGGCUCACCCCCGCCACCCCAGCCGUGUGUCGUCCAGCAUUCCCUGUUUGGGAGCCCAGUCCCCAAGACAAAAGACCCUCCGCGCUACGAGGAGGCCAUCAAGCAGACACGCAGCGCCCAGUCCUCCCUCCCAGAGAUUUCCAACGCACACAGUCAGCAGAUGGACGACCUCUUUGAUAUCCUCAUCAAGAGUGGAGAGAUCUCCCUUCCUAUAAAAGAAGAGCCGUCACCCAUCUCCAAAAUGAGACCAGUGACAGCCAGCAUCACCACCAUGCCGGUCAACACAGCGGUGUCCCGGCCACCGCCCCAAGUGCAGAUGGCACCACCCAUCUCCUUAGAACCCAUGAGCAGUUUGUCCGCCAGCUUGGAGAACCAGCUGGAAGCGCUCUUAGAUGGAACUUUCCCUUCGGCCAACGAAAUCGCUCCACUGCCGAGCAGCAGUGAGGACAGAGAGCCCUUCUCUCUGAUCGAGGACCUCCAGAACGAUCUGCUGAGUCACUCGAGUGUGCUGGACCACUCACACUCCCCCAUGGAGACUUCCGAGGCCCAGUUUGCCGCCAGUACCCCCUGUCUGUCACUGGACCUUUCGGACUCGAACUUGGACAACAUGGAGUGGCUGGACAUCACCAUGCCUAACACGUCAGGACUCACUCCCCUCAGCACGACCACCCCCAGCAUGUUCUCCGCUGACUUUCUAGAUCCACAGGACCUGCCGUUGCCGUGGGACUAACGUCGCUGAUUUCUCGUUCGAGCCUAUGUCGUUUCAGAAGAUGAAGAUCAUUCUCCAAGGUCAGUUUUUAGAGACAGAUUCCGAGUUGCGCUGUUGCAAUUACAAUAUGUCGUCACGGGAAGAACGGAUAGAUGGUCAUAGCCUGGAAACCGAGUGCGAACACAUUUCACGGCGCCCAGCAGUGAAUUUCUCCAACUUAACACAGCACAGGGCCUUCUGAAAAAUCACUGGUUACAGAAGACCCACCUGUUUCUCCAGACUUCGGCAGAGAACGAAUAAAGACAUCCAGAAGAGGGACGUGUGCGGGAGAGUGACACGUGGAUUCUCUGGCCGUCCAUGAACUACAUUUACGCCUCUGCGGUCACCUUCAGACCCGACGCUCAAGGCAGACAGCUCCCCUCCAACGAGAGGACAGCGGCCCUUGCAUGCGGUCCGUCCCAGCCGUGACCGGAGCCGGGCUGUGGGCGGCAGAGGCCGGGGAGGGCGCCCGCCUGUUCCCAGACAGCGGCCACUGCGGACUUCUCCUUCCGUUCGGAAACCAACAUCGUUUAUCUGUGUCGUAGUUUUGUGGAACUAAAACUUAGUUGUGGGGAAUCUUACUGUAGCUUCCCAGGUUUCAGUUUAAGUGGGAGAUCCUUCACCAUCAUCAGACGACGUCUCCAAAACACUGUCCUAAACCAUCCACUGUACAAAGUCCUUGUAUACGGAUAACACUGAAAAUUCUAUUAGCAACCCUCGGGGUUCAGUAGGUGGGUUUUAAUGUGUAUAUGAGACAUUUGUAUGUCCACCCUGACAUUGUGAUUUGUACAGCCUACAUUGGGGUAAGGAAUUGGUAGCCAGUGUGCCUACUUGUUUUAAUAACUCGGCUGUUUCUAGAGUCCCUGAGCCAUGUGUAUUUCCGUAUUUAAAGAAAUGCUGACUGAUUUCCAGGUAACCAGACCCAUCUCACAGAACAAGGAAGGCUUCAGUGUAAAAUAUCCUUCUGAGCUGUUGAGUUGCAAAGAGAGGGCCGAGGAGAAGUGUGCCAGGAGCCCCAAAUGUUCCCGGGGGGGGGAAUCUGGGCAGGCUGGCCGCGGGGCCCAGCUCUGGCCGCCUCUUCUCUGCCGUUUUCCCUGACGGGCAUCCUUCAGGCUCAUAACUGGAUGUCAUACCCGAGCUCUCACUAGGUUAUCAAGCCGAAGAGGGAAAAACUGGAGGUUUUACUAGUCAUUGUUUUAUAUAGAGAAGUUAUCACCCAUUUGCUGAGUAGUUCCUUAAGAAUUUUCUAAAAUGCCAACUAUCACAGGACUUCCAGAAUUAUCUCAAGUUAGUCAUUUAAGGUUAGGACAAAAUGUAAAUAACUUUUCUGAAAAAAACAAAAAAAACCCUGAAAUCUACCCAAAAAAGUGUGAAGGUGUUUGCUGAAUAAUUUCACCUGCUCCGCACCUCACGUUCUGUAAACCCAAGGGCCAGGUUGCUUUCUCUGCAUCCUCAGAUGGUGACGUCCCCACGGUGACUUGCCCGAGCCAACCUGACCGACCCACUGCUUAGAGAGAAUCCAGGCAUCACGGCUGGGUCUGCACUUUGCCUGAGCGCCGAUCUGAUUUCGGUUUGUAGAUCCUCCACGGGAGGAAAGUUUGCUUUUCCAGGAUUCGGCCGGAACACGGGCGCCCUCUGUUAGCUGGCACUUCCCAACUUGACAGACAUCUGAAGCGUUCGGGGCAGAAGCGGUUACGCUCGGUGUGGUCUGAGGGGGCAGUUUCAAUGCUCAGAAACUGGGAAUCCAGCACCUGGAGUCCAGUAGCCUGCUCAGCAGGAUGCCGCCAUGGGAGCAAGCCCGAGAGAGUGUCACCCCGGGGGACGCAUGGCCCCAGUGCAUCCCUUCCGGAAGGGCCUGCGUCCGGGGACCGGCUGCCCACCCGGGCAGGUACUUGUCUGGGGGUGGUCCUGGCCGUGGGUUUUGUCCGGGGCUCACCUGCUCUGCACGUGGGCUCUGGGCUUCAUCUUCACUCAGAUUUCAGUGGCUUCUCAAGUGAACCCCAGAUAGCAGUGGGACUGUGGGAGGCAAGUGACCAGCUAGCGCCGUGGACUCUUGCUUGCUAUUUUCACCAUCUUGAGUGGUGCCCGAGAUGCUUUCCCAGCCCUCAGCUCUCCCGUUGCUUUUUCAAACUAAGGCCAGAAACACGCCGCAGGAAGGGUGCUCUCCAGAAACCCACUCGAGCGCAGACAGCGCCGCCCCACCAGCCUGCUUGCUUUGGACUAGGCGUUACUUCACGCGUGCGCCCAAACCCUUACGUACGGGGCUUCCUUGACAGGGAAGGCGAGGAGCCUCCCGACCCGAGCUGCACCAGCCCCCACUCACACCAUUCCGCCAGGCCCUCCCAUCCUGGCGUGGGCGGCCGGCCGGCACGCGGGGCGGGGGGCCACUGUGCUCAAGGUGAGACGUGUGCAGCCGGUGACGUGACCAAAGACCGUGCUGUCCUCGAGGCCCCUCUGACCUGACUCGCUGCACACAGGGUAAGGACUGUCUGCGUCGUCACGGCCGUCAAAGCACAGGGCAGGGCGGCCAGGACGCACGCGUGUGGUGUAGACGUGGGGGUGUGGCCCGUCGUCUUGCACACGUCCCAUUGCCAAGGAAACAACCAGCGCCUGGACAUGCGCUCUCUCCCAUCCAGUCUGACCUCUCCGAAUAUUCCGGAAACACCGUCGCAUGGAGUUUGCCUCUCCAGGAUAUGCAGGUACCAGCUCCUGUCCUCCGGGCCUGGAGGAAGGGCAGGUCGCCCCAGAGCUUCCCUGGGCUUUGUGAGUCUAGAGGCCGGGGGCCCUUCAGCAGCGCGCGUCCAGGGAGCCCCUCCGGGCAUGUUGCUGGGGUUCACGUGCUGGCGUUCUUCCAGAAUUGUGCGAUCUACUGUACAGUACUUGCCGCAUAUUUGUACAUAGAUAUAUUCUCAAUUCGUGGGAUUUCUUGCUCAGAUACUCUGUGUUUUACAGGACUAUUUUUAUAAUACUAGAAAGAUCUUAUUUAAGUUUCCUUUUUAAAAAACCCGGUUCUGUGAUCCGUGUAACUGACCCUUUAGGAAGCGUGAUUUCAGGAGGCGGUCUGCGGCGGCCCCGAGUGAUGGGUCGGCAGCCUGUCCCCCCUCUGCUCACCAGAGUGGACUCAGGCUUCCUCUGCCCUCCCCCCGCCCCCGAUCAUUCCAGGCCACCCCACUUUCUUCAGCGCCCGUUCCUAAUUCCCAGGCUGAAACCAGCCGCAGCAGCCGGCCCAGCAACUGUCCCCACAAGCGAUGGGACAGUCCCUCUCUUGUCCACAAACAGGCGGGGCCGAGAGAAGUGCAGGGCGAAGGCGCUCUGGCCGGCACAGCCCCCGAAACCCCUUCAGGCUCUUGCCGGCAGUCACUAGAGAGGGGCAGCCCGUUUCUGCAGGUCCACACACAACCCUCCCUGUUUUGUCACCCUCUCCGCACACAUGCGUCUCCCUGACCCCCGGCAACACGGCAGAACACCGCACUGUCCACUGCCCUGGAGGCCACGGAAUGAGCCCAGGGGAUCCAAGCGCGUUAACUGGAAGGGCCGCCCCGUCAGGGAGCAGAGCUGAGCAGGGCAGGCCUGUGUGUUUGCAGAGCCUCCUACCGCGUCCCGGCUCUCCCGCCAAGCGCUGCGGUCACAACUGGAAAGUAACAAGACGCGGCCGUUCUUCGCCCUGUCUCCAGCCCCGCUCCCGUGCACGCCUGUCCGGGCCACCUGUUCUCUUGGUGAAGUGACUGUCUACAGGACCACAGGGAGGCUGUGCGUGCCCGCCCCCCCCGACCCCCGCUCCCUCUUCCUUGCCAUACCCGGGGAGCGCCGGCGGCCCCGCAGAGCCUCUCUCCCUGCGAUCUCCGGUGCGAGGCCAGGACGGCCCAGAGCGGCACGUGUUUACACAAGAGCACUUCCCCCGCCGCACCAACACAUCGCUCUGCGCCGCGAGCCGCGGCCAGGCAGUGUCACCGCUCCUCGACAACGGGAUGGCCGUCUCAGACCAAAGGUGCUCUCUGGAAUCGGAAUAGGUCCUUGGCGAUAAUCCACACAGCUUGUCGUGUUCAAAAGAGCUUUGUGCCAACCACUAAGACAAAGCUUUAACCAAGUUCAUAGAAUCACCGAGACCCGUUCACUAUUACCUCUCUACGUUAUGCUGUAAGGAAACUGGCUGACCGGGGAGGAGGAGGGAGCAUUGAGGAAAGGGUUUAGUAUCUACCAAAAGUACUUAACCUCAAGUAACCAAUAGUAAUGCAAACUUGCUUUAAAGGAACCAAAGGCAUUGCCAAGUAUUUGCCAAAAGAAGGCACUUUUUAUUUAUAAAAUUUGAGACUAACGAUAUCUCAACAGUCCCAAAAAGGUAUUAUCCAUCUAAGGUUAUAAUUUUCACAAAGGUGUAGAUAUUUCUCUAUUGUUUCCAUGUAAAAUAGUAUAGAUUUGUUUUGUUGGUUUAAGAAUAAUACAUAUUUAGCAGUAAAACAGUUUCUUCCUAAGUGCAGAUUAGUUUCCUUUCUUCUAGCUUGCAGUCGAAACAGUGUGACGGGCGUUUCUCUUCUUACUUUCAUGGUCACAUUACGUCUUAGCAUCUCACUUUGUGGAAACAAGGAGAAAGAUACCAACCUACAGAGCCCCGCUUACUAAAGCACUAGCUUAAUGAACAAAAAAGUUACGGCAAUCGGGGGGUCCAGUCAUGUAUUGCCUUUAUGUUGUUUUUUAAAAGAAAACCAUGAUGCCUUUGUAUUUGCUGUUUGCACCCCUGAAAUCAAUUCCGUAUCAUGUUUGGAUGCCAUACAUUUGCACAUGUACUGUACAUAGUAACGCAUACUGUAUUUUUAUAUGUGUGCACAUUUCUCAUCAGAUCUUUUGUACAUAGUGGCAGUAUUGUAGCCGGUCAGGAAACGUUUGAUAUCUCAGCAAUUUUGCAUUUUUGUGUCUCAAAUAAAAACAUUUU